GUUCAUCGCUUUUACCUGGUGUUAACAAUGACAUCAACGACACAUUUGGACAAGAUAAAAGUGAACAUAAAAUCAUCAAAGGGCCAUUAGUAAAGGAAACAGGUAUUGAUGACGAGAAUGACGAAUUGGGACCGAUCUUCGUCGUAAAUCAAACGAUAGAACAUCACGAUAAUAAAACAGUCAAAUUGGAUAAGGAAGAAUUUAACGGAACUGAGUACAAGAUAGAAAAUGAAAGUGUUGAUAAUAAUGAUAAUAACAUUAUUAUGAAUAUCAAUAUUAAUAAAAGUGGUGGUCAUACUGCUGAUGAGAAGAAUAAUCACACUAAAUACUAUACAUAUUAUCAUGGUCCACGUCGACUACCUGAUGAACCUAUGGCUUCAUAG